CGGAAAAAUACGUGUAAAAUCUCUCGAGAAGUGUUGUGAUUAUAUACGGUGAAAUAGUUGAUAUAAAAUGGCCUUAAAAGCGUUAAAGUGUCGUAAAUCGAAGCGACAAAAAUCCUCGCUACGGUACAAGGUUAUCAAAAAGAUUGCCGAGAGUAAGCGCAAGAAGGCUAAAGAAGCGAAAAAGCUUCCUAAGCUAAAGAGUAAAAAGCAGAAGCUGAUUCAGGUGCCGAACAUAUGCCCGUUUAAAAAGGAAGUGCUAGCUGAAGUGGAAGAAUUUAAAAAGAAACAGGAAGAACUGCGCCAACAGCAAAGGGAGCUGCAAAAGGCAAACCGGCAAGAAGAGUUGCGCUCAAAAACUCUCCAAACGAUGGUGGCAGAAGCCGAGAAACGGAAUGAUCAGUUUAAUCCGCAAGCUACCGAGGAAGACGAGUAUGGCAAUGCGUCCAACGGAGGAAAGGAAAACUCACUGAAGGCCUAUUUCAAGGAAUUUAAGAAAGUAAUUGACGCUGCUGAUGUCCUGCUGGAAGUGGUCGAUGCUCGUGACCCGCUAGGCACGCGAUGCACCGAGGUGGCUAAGAUCGUCCGCGAAGCACCCGGCCAGAAACGGCUGGUGUUGAUUCUCAACAAAGCCGAUCUGGUUCCACGCGAGAACUUAGAGCGCUGGAUGAAGUAUUUACGACGAACGGGGCCGGUGAUCCCUUUUAAAGCGACGACUCAGGCGCAAAAGUCCAACAUAGGCCACAAAAAAUUCAAAGCCGCCAAAACGCUCGAGUGCUCUCCGUGCAUAGGGGCCGAUUUGCUGAAGGAGCUGCUGGCAAAUUACUGCCGCAGUGAUAAUAUUCGCACCUCGAUUCGUGUCGGCGUGGUAGGACUACCAAACGUAGGCAAAAGUUCGCUCGUCAACUCGCUGAAACGUAAACGGGCCUGUAUGGUCGGAGCGAAACCGGGUGUUACAAAGCAAAUGCAAGAGGUGCAGAUCGAUUCACACGUCAAACUGCUCGACAGUCCUGGUAUCGUUUUCCAGCGGCCCAAGGAUCAGGAUCAGAACAGAUUCUUCGCUCUUAAAAACGCUCAAAAAGUGACCGAAAUACAAGAUCCGUUCCCGCUUGCUAACGAUAUUCUGAAACGUGGUACGAUGAUGUACUUCUGCAAGCUGUACGACAUUAGCGAGUUCCAUUCUACGGAUGAGUUUCUUGCGAAAAAAGCCAUUCGAAUGGGAGCGCUAGCAAAGAAGGGUGUGCCCGACGUAAAGAAAGCAGCCAGAUGCUUGAUCGAGGAUUGGAACAAUGGAAAAAUCAAAUACUGCACUCAUCCUCCGGAAGAUAACACCGACGAAGUACAUCUGGAUGCUCAACUUGUCGCCCCAUCGGAGAGCGUCCCAGAAUUCAAUCUCGAUCAGCUCGAUACCAUCGUUGAGCAACUGGGAGAGCAAUAUGAGGCGAGCUUCAAUAUGAAGGACGAAGAGGGCAUGAAAAUUGAAAUUACGAAAGAUGAUAUCCUGACGAUGGAUAUCGACACCGGAGGACCGGUGAACAUGCGCCUGGCGAAAAAUGAUCAAUUAUCAGCGCUAACAAACGAAGGUAAGAUCAUCGAACAGGAUGACGCUAUGGAUGUAGACAAGAACGACGCAAGGAGACGCAAGCGGAAGGUCAACGAUUAUGCGGAGGAAGAGAAGCGGUUUCGCAAGGAUCCUAUGUUCCUGCUGGAAGGAAACCAGACGGCCAAUCGAAAUCUAAAACAGGAAAUGAAGAAGCGCAAAAAGCAACAAAACAAAACGGCGAACUCGAACUCGGAAAUGGAAGAUGAAAAAGAAGCGUACGAUUUCGAUGACGACUACGGGAUGGAUAGUUGA